GCGCCUUUCACACUCACCUUCAUCUUCUUCGUCUUCUCCGAUCCCGAUCCACCUGAUCACUCCGACGCCCCCAAAUCCAACGGCCACGCGCCACCAUGAGCACUCCAUCACUCGCAGGGGGCAUGGGGGGCUUCUCUGGGUUUACUCGGCUAUGCAAGGGCUUAGCGGUGGUCCUGAUUGGAGGCCACAUUGUCGUCCAGCUCCUCCCCGUCGCCGUCACCUACCUCGCUCUCAUUCCCGCCAGGACGAUUCCUUUUGUCUGGAACCUCGUAACGUCCGGUUACAUUGAACAAUCAAUACAUGGGGUUGUUGUAAGCACUCUCGGUCUUCUUUUUAUUGGGAAGCUGCUUGAACCUGUCUGGGGUUCCAGGGAGUUCUUGAAAUUUAUCUUUGUAGUCAACUUCCUUACUUCCAUAUGCAUUUUCAUCACUGCCAUUGCGCUGUACUACAUUACAAGGAAGGAAACCUACCUAUAUAUGCCUCUUUCUGGCUUCCACGGAGUUCUCUCAGGUUUUUUGGUUGGCAUUAAGCAAAUGAUACCUGACCAAGAGUUGCCUGUAAUAAAAAUAAAAGCCAAGUGGUUACCAUCUCUCUCACUAUUGCUGUCCAUUGCCAUAAGCUUCUGGACAGCUGAGUCAGCAACAUAUCUUCCAAUCUUGAUAUUUGGCACCUAUAUGAGCUGGAUUUACCUUAGAUACUGGCAGAGAAAACCAGAAACGAAACUCAAGGGUGAUCCAAGUGAAGAUUUUGCAUUUUCUACAUUCUUCCCUGAAUUCUUAAGACCAGUCAUUGAUCCUGUUGCAUCUAUAUUCCAUCGGAUGCUUUGUGGAAGAUUUGAAGCCUCUAAUGAUUCCCAAGGUAAUACUGUGGGAGGAACCACAUUGCCUGGAUCUGACCCCAUUGAGGCAUCUAGAAGGAGGGAAAGAGGAGCACGAGCACUGGAAGAAAGACUGGCAGCUGAGAGGUUGGGUGCAACAAAGGGUACAGAAGAGUUGGGAAGAGAUGCCACAGAUAAUGUAUAAUUGCUUGGACUACAGUCAUAAUCUGUCAACAACCCAAAUGAGCAUCGUCAGGUACAUCUGCAGAGAUUUUUGUUGUUUGAGGAAAAACUUCUCCUGUUCUGUUCUUCUCUCCCUAGAGGAUUCUUUUACUAUACACUUCAUAUGGAUAUUGAGUGGAACUUGCUCCUUGUCAUUUUGUCAUAUGUUUGUACAAAAAACUUUGGAUUCCUGGCUUCAGUUGUAACCUAACAGACUGUUAAAUUGUUCUAAUGGCUUUGAGAUGCUUCCAC